AUGGCGUCGGAGGGGCCGCGGGAGCCCGCGGGCGAGGGCAUCAAGUUGUCAGCAGAUGUCAAACCGUUUGUCCCCAAAUUUGCUGGGCUCAAUGUGGUGUGGUCAGAGUCUUCGGAAGCUCGUGUGUUCCCUAGCUGUGCAUCCCCGUAUUAUCCGUGUGCUCAGGAGUUGCCGGGGCCUGAGCAGAAACUCUACGCUGAAGAUGUGGCCUUUGGAGCUUCAGCUUUUCCACCUCAGUAUCUGUCCUCUGAGCUCGCUGUCCAUCCGUGCGGCUACUCUCCUUACCCCGUGGAGUCUACACCGCGCGUGUGCCCGGUGCCCGGCGCCCCGUAUGCUUACGGCCACCCCGGCUGUUACCGAGCAUUUCAGACCCUGAAGCCACGGAGCGAGCAGGUGUGCGCUCUCCCUCAAGGCACAAGAGCUGUGUUUAAGGUUCGCAGGUGCCGUGGUAAAAAAACGUAUGAUGAACAAAAGUUUGAUAGCAAGAAGGCUGACGGAUCUCUGCCAUCUGAUCUAAAAUCAGGUAGAGGCUCACAUCCUACUUACAUUCUCGCGGAUUCUAAUUUGAAAUCAGAUGGUUAUCACAGACGAACGGACAGGAAAUCCAGAAUCAUCGAGAAAAGUGCAUCUGCCUCCAAACCAGGGUUUGAAUUUACCAGGAUGGAUUUUCCUGAACUGCAGGGUCCAGAGAACAGGGAGAUCGCAGAGACACGGAAGCAGCCCCGGUGGGGGCCUCUGCGCUCCGCCUCAGCUGACCUCUCUCUCCUGGGAGAGGUGGGGGAACCCGCCGCGGGGACAGCAGAGGUGAAACGGCCACCGGCCCCUAAAAACGUUACUUCCAUGAUAAACCUAAAGACGGUUGCUUCAUCAGCAGACCCCAAAAGCGCUAGUAUGUCACCCUCUGAAGUUUUCUCUGCGGACCCUUCCUGCAAAGAGAAACACGUCCACCCUACUAAAAAGUCCAAAGCGUCACAAGGUGGCGAUCCUGAGCAAAAUGAAGCCUCAAGAAAGCAUAAGAAAAAGAAAGAAAAGUCUAAAUCGAAAUACGAAGUUUUGACCAUUCAAGAGCCGCCAAGGAUUGAAGACGCCGAGGACUUUCCCAGCCUGGCUGCCGCGUCUGAGCGCAGGGACCGAGGGGCAUCUCCGCGACUUCAAUCCAGACAGCAGCCACAGAAUAAUUUUAAAAACAGUGGAAAGAAGAGCCAGGUUCCAGUACAGCUGGAUUUGGGGGGGAUGCUGGCAGCCUUGGAAAAGAAGCAGCACGCCCAGAGCGCAAGAGCGUCCUCCAAGCCGGUGGUGUUCUCGGGCGGGCUGGACGAUACCCUGCACACCAUCAUCGGUUAUGCCUGCGAGCAGAACAUCCCUUUCGUGUUCGCUCUCAACCGCAAGGCUCUGGGGCGCAGUUUGAACAAGGCCGUCCCUGUCAGCGUGGUGGGCAUCUUCAGCUACGACGGGGCCCAGGACCAGUUCCACAGGAUGGUGGAGCUGACGAUGGCCGCCCGGCAGGCGUACAAGACCAUGCUGGAGAACGCACGCCAGGAGCUGGCGGGGGAGCCUGGGCCCCCCGCCCCCGGCAGCCUGCCCCCGCAGGGCCCCCCUGCUCCUGCCGCCGGGAGAGAUGAGCCGCGCUACAUGGAAAUCUGGAGAGAACACCUAGAAGCCUACAGUCGGGGUGCCCUGGAGCUGGAGGACUCUCUGGAGGCUUCAACCUCGCAGAUGAUGAACCUGAACUUAUAG